UGCUCGUUCUUGUUUUGCUGUGUUUCAUCCUAACUUCGUAGAAUCAAAGCUAAAGACUAUAAGCCAAGCCAAGACCAAAUACACACUUAAAUCCUCGUGGUUUACACGUCUCCGAUACACACUACAAAAGCCUUUAUUGUAAACUGGGACGUUCCAUUUCUCAGACCAAACAUGAGGUUGUUGAAGGUGGCUACUUGCAAUCUCAACCAAUGGGCUAUGGAUUUUGAUUGCAACACAAAGCAAAUCAAAGACUCCAUAGCCAAGGCUAAAGAAGCCGGCGCUGUUAUUAGGCUUGGCCCCGAGCUCGAGAUUCCUGGUUAUGGCUGCGAAGACCACUUCUUGGAGCUUGACACAGUUAACCAUGCAUGGGAAUGCUUGAAAGAUAUCUUACUUGGUGAUUGGACGGAUGACAUAGUGUGUAGCAUUGGCAUGCCUGUUAUUAAAGGUUUAGAGCGGUACAAUUGUCAGGUGUUGUGUUUGAAUCGAAGGAUUAUUAUGAUACGACCAAAGAUGCGGCUUGCAAACGAUGGCAAUUAUAGAGAACUUCGAUGGUUUACAGCAUGGAAGCAAAGGGAUGAACUUGUGGAUUUUCAGCUGCCCAGUGAAAUAUCUGAGGCGUUAGGCCAAAAAUCAGUUCCCUUUGGUUACGGAUUCGUUAAGUUUCAAGAUACUGCUAUUGCAGCUGAAGUUUGUGAAGAGCUUUUUACUCCAAUGCCCCCUCAUUCUGAGCUUGCAUUGAAUGGGGUUGAAGUGUUUCUGAAUGCAAGUGGAAGUCACCACCAACUUAGAAAGCUCGAUGUUCGUCUUGAUGCUUUUAUACGUGCCACCGGUACUUGCGGAGGGGUUUACGUGUAUAGCAAUCAACAAGGCUGUGAUGGUGGUCGCCUUUACUAUGAUGGCUGUGCCUGUGUUGUGGUGAAUGGAGACGUUGUUGCUCAGGGUUCACAAUUUUCUUUAAAGGAUAUUGAGAUUGUGGUUGCUCAGAUAGACCUAGAUGUGGUUGCAAGCCUUAGAGGAUCUGUAAGUAGCUUGCGAGAGCUAGCAAGUUGCAAAAACAAGGUUCCUUCGGUGGAAGUACCAUACAGUCUUUGUGUUCCUUUUAACCUUAAAAUACGCCUUUCCGUUUCACUUAAGAUACAGUAUCACUGUCCCGAGGAGGAAAUAGCAUUUGGACCUGGUUGUUGGUUAUGGGACUACUUGAGAAGAAGUGGAGCAUCCGGCUUUCUGCUUCCUCUUUCUGGUGGAGCAGACAGUUCCUCUGUGGCUGCAAUUGUUGGAUGCAUGUGUCAGCUGGUUGUGAAAGAAAUCGCAAAUGGGGAUGAACAAGUUAAAGCUGAUGCAAUACGAAUAGGAAACUAUAAAGAUGGACAGUAUCCUACAGAUAGCAGGGAAUUUGCUAAACGAAUAUUCUAUACUGUGUUUAUGGGAUCUGAAAACAGUUCGGAAGUGACAAGGUCACGGGCCAAGGUGCUGGCUGAUGAAAUUGGCUCAUGGCACCUUGAUGUUAGCAUUGAUGGUGUUGUAUCUGCUCUUUUGACAUUGUUCCAAACACUUACAGGAAAACGACCACGCUAUAAGGUAGACGGUGGAUCUAAUGUUGAGAAUUUAAGCUUGCAGAACAUUCAAGCUCGAAUCAGAAUGGUACUAGCUUUCAUGUUAGCAUCACUCUUGCCUUGGGUUCACAACAAACCUGGGUUUUAUCUUGUCUUGGGGAGCUCCAAUGUGGAUGAAGGGUUACGGGGUUACUUGACGAAGUAUGAUUGCAGUUCAGCAGAUAUAAAUCCUAUUGGGAGUAUAAGUAAGCAGGACCUUCGGGCAUUCUUGCGAUGGGCAGCUGUCCAUCUUGGUUACUCAUCUUUGGCAGAUGUUGAAGCAGCUCCACCCACAGCUGAACUGGAGCCUAUACGCUCUAAUUACAGUCAGCUUGAUGAAGUUGAUAUGGGAAUGACUUACGAGGAACUAUCAGUUUAUGGAAGACUGCGGAAAAUUUUCCGUUGUGGUCCAGUUUCCAUGUUCCAGAAUCUAUGCUGCAGAUGGGGUGCGAGAUUAACUCCAUCACAAGUGGGGGAAAACGUAAAAUACUUCUUCAAGUAUUAUUCCAUCAAUCGACACAAAAUGACUGUAUUGACACCUUCCUAUCAUGCUGAGAGCUAUUCACCAGAGGAUAAUAGGUUUGAUCUUCGCCAGUUUCUUUAUAAUGCAAGAUGGCCAUAUCAAUUUCGAAAAAUUGAUGAACUUGUACGUGAGUUGGAUGUUAAAGAUGUAGUUCAAGAAUCAGGAAACCAUGAGACACUAGCAACUUCAUCAGAUGGUAUUGGAUUUGGUGGGAUGGGAGUUGCUGCAGUAGGUUCAGGCAAUCCCAGUGUUGGAUUCUAAUUAAAAUUAACCACUUCAGUAAUAAAAACAAAAGAAAUAAAUUGUAGAUUUGCAUAUUCAGGACUGCAUUCUGGUCCAGACAAUGAUAUAGAUUCCAUCUUUUUAUAGCACUUGCUCGAGUAAUGAAAUUCAU